AUGACACCUCCAGGCUGUCUCAGUAUGGAGGCAGUCGAUGUUCUCAUAUCCAUAUUCCUUUGUCAUGCCUCUAGAUCUGAUGCCCCCCUCCUUCCACACCUAACCCACUUACAACUAGCCAACUUGAGCAGUCCUCUUCUCCAAAUCCUGCUAUACAUCAUCAAUAGUGGUUUUCAAAUGCUCAUCCUCUCAGACUUGUUUGGUCACUCACAGCCUGUUCUCUCUUGUGUCUUCAGUGCACUUCCAUCCCUCCAAAACCUCGCCUGGCUCAGACUUGGCCAACCUGUUUGUGAUUUCAUUCAAAACAUUCACCUUUUCCCUAACCUUCACUUCCUAAAAGUCCCUUUGAUUGAGGACAUGGAACCCAUAUUUUUGCAUCCCUCACUACUCUACCUGACAUUGGUCAUAUAUGGCCAACUGUACUUGCCACUGCAUACCCCUAAUUUCCAUCAUCCCCUUCUCUCCUUUGGGAUCUCAUUUCAGAUGAACUUGAUGCAUGGCAUGCUAAACGACAAAGUCUUCACCACUGUCUUCAUAAUGUUGUGUGAGUUUCAGGUCCCAUGCGAGCAAUUGAAUAUCUCGCUGUUCUACCAGCUUGGUAGCAUCACACUGGGUGAAUUCAUCAACUUCCUGGUGGCCCUGCCCAAUUUUUCCGCCAUUUACCUCUUCUCAGUGUCUGACCUCAUGCAUUUCAGCGUGAAUGUACAUGCUUUUGUUCCAUGCAACGUACCCCCACUAGAGCUCAAGAAUCUUGCACUGCUUUAUCCAUUUCACUUACACAUAUCGACCUGGGCUUCUCCAAUAUGUGCACCUUAG